AUGGAAGGUGCUAAGGAAUCGGCUGAAAGAAUUUGGUUGGCAAUCAAGGUAUGGCUUAGGAGGAUUUCGGAGAAUAUUAGAUCUAGCAAAUCCCUUUCCACUCAGGAUAUAAAAGUUUUAAGUACUCUUGAGAUUCCAAUUAUCACUUCGAAGGCACAGACUCCUUGUGUUGUUAGGUGGGGGAACCCUCGGGUUGGGUCCGUUAAGUUGAACGUAGAUGGUAGUUGUCGUGGAAACCCAGGGACAUGUGGAGUGGGUGGUGUGAUUAGAGAUUGCAGUGGAACUUUCCUUGAUGCUUAUUCUUCCUUCUUUGGCUUUGGCUCUAAUAAUAAAGCUGAACUUAGGGCACUGAUGGAGGGAGUGCGAAUGUGCAAAGAAAUGAGUUAUAUGAAUGUGGAGAUUGAAUGUGAUUCUAAGGUAGUGGUCUAUUGGGUUUGUUCUAGAAGAUGCAUGGUAUGGUAUUUGUGGGAUUUUUGGGAAGGGCUUCUUGAGGCUUUUUCCAUGAUUAAUUUCACCAUUGCUCACCAAUUCAGAGAAUGA